AUGAUUGCCUCGUUCAGGCUCCUUCUCUCCUUUCUUUGUGUGUGUCAUUGGAGUUGCACACACCUUGAAUGUGAAUCUAGUGAAUUUCUUUUCUUUACUGUAGAAUCAGUUUAUCUGCUGGGAGACAAGAGGAUCUUAUCACUAUCUGUAGAGUCACUCAUCAUGUGCAAUUUGUCCCAGCUCCUCUUUGCACUUUCCUCUAAAAAAGAUGGCUUCUUGAUGAACUUUUUUUCUUUUUUUCUUUUUUUUUAUUUUAAAGAUAGUAACUUUUUUUUUAAUAUUUAUUCAUCAUACAUCAAACAAAUAGGUUUUCUUUUCUUCUUUUCCUUUUUCCUUCCUCUUUUCCUUUUUACUUCUUCUUUUCCUUUUUACUUCUUCUUCUUUUCCUUUUUACUUCUUCUUCUUUUCCUUUUUACUUCUUCUUCUUUUCCUUUUUACUUCUUCUUCUUUUCCUUUUUACUUCUUCUUUUCCUUUUUACUUCUUCUUCUUUUCCUUUUUUUUUCUUUUACUUCUUUUCUUUUCUUUUUUCUUCUUUUCCUUUUUAUUCUUCUUCUUUUCCUUUUUACUUCUUCUUCUUUUCCUUUUUACUUCUUCUUUUCCUUUUUACUUCUUCUUCUUUUCCUUUCUUUUUUGUUUUUCUUUCUUUUUUGUCCCAGAGUAUACACAAAAAUAAUUCUUUUUUUUUUUCAGAAAAUAAUAUUUUGAAUUAUACAAACUUUCCUUAA